UCUGUCUUUCCAAGCUGCACAGCGAAACUUUCAACAUGCAAAGUCUGGGUGUUCUCUUAGUUUUCUUGAUUUCAGCCUGCCAUGGGCUUUAUUUUCAUAUUGGGGAAACACAGAAGAAGUGUUUCAUUGAAGAAAUUCCGGACGAAACUAUGGUAGUUGGCAGGUAUAAGGUUGAGAUGUUUGACAGGAACACCAAUAGUUAUGUGGCAACAUAUGCCUAUGGUUUGGGAAUGCAUGUCACUGUCAGGGACCCUGAUGAAUCUGUGAUAAUGUCAAGGACGUAUGCAUCUGAGGGUCGGUUCACCUUCACCUCCCAUUCAGCAGGAGAACAUGUCAUCUGCCUCCACUCCAACUCCUCAGCAUGGUUCUCAAGUGGACAGCUGAGAGUGCACCUGGACAUCCAGGUAGGAGAACAUGCUGUGGACUAUCAGCAGAUCCAGGCCAAGGAUAAGCUGAGCGAGCUUCAGUUACGGGUACGGCAGCUAUUGGAUCAGGUUGAGCAGAUCACAAAGGAGCAGAAUUAUCAAAGGUAUCGUGAGGAGCGUUUCCGUCAAACCAGUGAGAGUACCAACCAGCGAGUUUUGUGGUGGUCCAUUUCACAGACCGUCAUUCUUCUAGUUACAGGCUUUUGGCAAAUGAAACAUCUUAAAAGUUUCUUUGAGGCCAAAAAAUUGGUCUAAUAGGAAAUAAUUCUGUACCCUCAACCGUAAGCAUUUCAGAGCACAUAGCCUGUGCGUAGAAGCCCCUAUUGCUGAAGUAACAGGCUUUUUGUUGUACAACUUAGCCAGUCUAUUGAACAUAUUUGUUCAAAUAUUGACUACUGUAAUUCUUCAGACUUUUCGUAAGUUUGCAAGGUGUUUAUUCAAGCAUAUUCUGAACGCAUCAUUCUGUGUUGACUGAUAUAAAUAUUUUUUGCGAAGCCCUGAAACUGGCUCGUUCAACCAGUGUAGUUUUAUCUCCAAAAUCAAAUUUAAAGUGUGGAUGAAUUUCACCGCAAUUUGCCUUUUUAUAUGCGAAAAGAUUGAGGAAUUAAGAUACAUUAAAUUUUUUCAAGCAGUGCACAUAAAAAUUUGAUGUAUUGUGUUCAUGUCAGAGGUAUGCUUAGUGUUAUGGUUCAACUUUGACAUAGUGAAUAUCAUUACAUUUUGGUACUGAACCAUAUUUUAGCACUUGGAUCAAGGAAUUGAAAAUUUCUCAAGUGUGGCAGUAAAGAUCAAUCAUGUCAUGUAUAAAGUUUCAAGAAAUAUCAGGAACUUGUGAAUUUAACUUAUUGAAAAAGGUGUUAGUCUAGUACCUUUACUCAAAGUUCACUUCAUCAAGAUUCAAGAUUAGAAUAUUAUUCACUAUCAGCUUGUGAAAGGUUUACUGCUGAGGGUACUUGUAUAAAUAUACAUCUCACAAACCAUUAUCAUUCAUCUUCAUUGUCACAACUCUUAUCAAUAUUUUAUCUUUUUAUUGGAGAUCUAGACUAACAUCUUGGCAUUGUGUUUUAUCACCAUCUGUUUCCAUCAUAAACUGGAUUACCAAAUUCUUCUAAUUUUUCGGACAUCUGGCCUGUUCUUUUUAGCCAGUAUACAUGUAAUUGUAGCAGGACCAUUUAGUUUCCUUUUGUUAUGCAUGGUUAGUCCAUCUCAUUGACAGUAUAUUCAUAUCUAUACUUUUCCCAAAAUCUGGGAGAGAAAUAUGUCUAACUGCUAACAUAUGUCCUAAAAAUUAGAAGAAUCAGGGUAUACAUGAACAUGUACCAAGGUCAAAAUUGAAAAUGUACUGUACUUUAGAUAACCUGAUAUGGUCAUGUAGCAAGGUUUGUAUUGUGGUGAACAUGUUUAAUUGAGUGUUUAAAGUAGACAAGCUUGGUUAAUUUAGGUUGAAUAUUUGACAUCACACCCUUGUGUAAAAAAAUACAGAUUUUAAUGUAUUAGCAUGACAGUUAGGGUAUAAGUUUAGAUGACUUGUACUUACUUCCUG